AUGCGCCGCACCCCACAGUCGAGAGCGAGCACCGCUCUGAUUUUGUUGACCUGGUUUGGCGGCGAGGUGGUGUCAGAGAGCGAGUACCGCUCUGAUUUUGUGGACCUGGUUCACGUUGGCGACGAGGUGGUGGCAGAGGGCGACUACCGCUCUGGUUUUGUGGACCUGGUUCACGUUGGUGGCGAGGUGGUGGCAGAAUGCGAGUACCGCUCUGAUUUUGUCGACCUGGUGUACGCCGGCGGCGCUGUGGACAGUGAUGAUGAUGGAUGGUGUGGAUGGAAUGAUUCUGUCGACAUGGUUCACGCUGGUGGCAGUGUCUGCGGUGAUGUUUUCCCCGCUGCUGCGGAGGAGACAAUGGCCGGAGCCCCCGCGGCGGCGGCAGGAGCGGCAGCAUCGGCAGCAACUCCAGCGGCGACGACGGCGACCUCUGGCGGCAGUGUUCCCCCCGCGGCGGCGGCGGCGGGGGUGGCCGGAGUCCCCGCGGUGGCAGCAGGAGCAGCAGCAUCGGCAGCAGCUCCAUCGGCGACGGCGGCUACCUCUGGCGGUAGUUUUUCCCUCGCAGCGACGGCGGCGGGGGGAAUUGCCGGGGUCCCUGCAGCGGCGGCAGGAGCGGCGGCAUCGGCAGCAUCUCCAGAGGCGACGGCGGCGACCUACGGCGGCGGUAGUGUUUCCCUCGCAGCGACGGCGGAGGAGGCGCCCGGAGGGCUCGCAGCGGCAGCUGGAGCAGCGGCAUCGGCGGCGGUUCCAGCGGCGACGGCGGCGGUACCCGUCGACACGGUUAUCUCCGCGACGGUGGCGGGGGGAACGACCGGAGCGCCCGCGUUGGUGGUUGGAGCGUCGGCAUCGACGGCGGUUCCAGCGNAGGAGGCGCCCGGAGGGCUCGCAGCGGCAGCUGGAGCAGCGGCAUCGGCGGCGGUUCCAGCGGCGACGGCGGCGGUACCCGUCGACACGGUUAUCUCCGCGACGGUGGCGGGGGGAACGACCGGAGCGCCCGCGUUGGUGGUUGGAGCGUCGGCAUCGACGGCGGUUCCAGCGGCAACGGCGGCGGCACCCGACGGGGUUGUUUCUCCCGCUGCGGCGGCGGGGAGAAUGGCUCGAGAGCCCGCGCAGGUGGCUAGCGGUGGCAUCGGCGGCUGGAGUGGCGACAUCGGUGACGGCACCCCCCGGGACCGCGGCUACGGUACCGACCGCUACGAUGGCGACCGUCGGUGGCUAGCGGUGGCAUCGGCGGCUGGAGUGGCGACAUCGGUGACGGCACCCCCCGGGACCGCGGCUACGGUACCGACCGCUACGAUGGCGACCGUCGGUGACGUUACCCCCACCAUAUCGGUUGGGGGGGCGGCCAGCAACGGAGAAGCGGUGGUCAACGGCAUCGACGACGGCAGCGAUGAUGGCGGUUGGUGCGCAGGUGAGGUUGGUGACUGCUGGGAUGACAGCGUCUGUAGCGAGAGGGGGGCGUCCACGCACCCUUUCGAUCCCGGCACCGUGUGUUCGGGGGUGCGCGGCGCCAACGAUCCCGGGGUGGACGACCUGGUCGGUGGCUCCGACAGCAGCAGCGGCAGCGGCACGAGCGGCACCAGCACCAGCAGCGGCAGCAGUAGCAAUGACAAGGCAGAGGUGAUGGAUGUGGCCUGGUUUUGGGCACUGCUGCGCCCCUUAGACCCGGGGAAGCUGUACCGGCUGAAGGCUGGGAGCGUGGGGCCGGUGAUGGGGGUGAACACCCCGUUCGACCCUGGAAAGAUGUCGCGGGGGCAACGGCUGGGGCGCCCGUGUUCGCGACCGGAGCAGCGGCAGGAGGACCGUGAAGCGGAGAAGGGAGUUCCGAGGAUCGGGCGAGUCCAACAAUGA